CGUCACUUUCGAAAGAACCCGUCCUACCACACAAUGCCGGGAAGCCGCAGCCCCUCUCCUCGCCGCGACGACAGCCCCCGCCGCAACGACCGCAGCCGUAGCCGCAGCCCAGACCGUGACCAAGGUAACUCCAAGCGUAAGACGGGUAUUGCUGCCCGCUGGAACGAAAAGGGGUUCGGAUUCAUCAAGCCCGACGAUGGAUCUGAAGAUGUGUUUUGCCACUUUUCGUCGAUCAAGGACGGCAACUGCCUCCGUGAAGGCGACCGCAUCGAAUUUGAAGUUCGAUUCGAUGAACAAAAGGGAAAGAACCGUGCGGAAGACGUGACGGGUGGUAUCUACGAAGAACGUCGCCCCCGCGACAGCCGCAGCGCUGGUGAGUGCUACGAUUUCAAGCAAGGACGAUGCCACCGUGGCGACUCGUGCAAAUUCUCGCACGGUGGCGGAGGAGACCGCUACGACGACCGCCGUUACGGCGACCGAUAUGAUGAUCGCCGUGGUGGUGACCGCUACGACGACCGACGUGGUGGCGACCGUUAUGACGACCGCCGUGGUGGAGGCCGCGACUACGAACGCCGAAGCCGUGAACGGUACUAAAUUGAUGUGCACUGAUAGGUUGUUCCCCAAGGACCUAUAGUGCGUCUGAAAGUUGAGCCGUACCAUCCGGAGUUAAAACAAACCGUGUGGGAUGUCAUAAAAUGAAAAUCGCUAUCACCAGUGGCCCUCCGGCGGCGCAGUCUCUUGCCUUGUUUCGUAUCCCCCUGUGGCGCCCUCUUGGUGCUGGCUGCCUUCCGUUGUUGCUUGAUGCUACUUCCGCUGGUUGAGCCGUUGAUGAAGGCGUCAAACGAUGCAGCCGACGUCGACUGAGGUACCAUCUCCUAGAUCUCACUUUUUGUAGAGUUGUGAUUGAGGUGUAUUGGGCUCGUUGCUGAGGUUUGGAAGUGAAAUGCCUUGUCCACCACGAGGUAAGCUCAAACGUGAGUUGGAACUGGAGCUGCUGUCGGAGAGAACUCUUCCGGCGGUAGCUCUACCGACAACCUUAACGUUCAAUACAUGUUUGACAUUGCGUGUA